AUGCAGGGCCACAAUCAAAUACAGUUAACGAAGGUUCUAACGACAGCAGGUAUAGCGACAUCUGUAAUGGCCUCUCUGAUUGGCCGACAGAACGCACCCGCGACGAGUUCGUGCAGAUCACACGUCGACGCUUCGACUUCACUAUACUCUCUAAGCGAAGUGGCUGACCACUGUGAUAUUCAGUCCUGUUGGAUUGUCAUUCACGACAAAGUGUAUGACGUCACACAGUUCAUCCAUGAGCAUCCUGGAGGCCUUGAGAUUCUCCUGGAGCACGCGGGAAGAGACGCAACCUUGGACUUUGAGGACAAAGGUCAUUCUCGUGCGGCAUAUACACUGCUUACAGGGUAUUGUAUCGGAGAACUUGUUCAGGCCGACAGACGAUACAAAUGCGUGGGGGACUGA